GCUUCGCAUAUUUUCGGCCGUGAUGUGAUCUUCCGGCAGCAUUUCGCUCACCAGCGAUUGUGUUUUGUACUAUGGAAACCUUAUCACGCUGGCGGAAUCUGACUGCAUUAUUUUGCGAACACACCGUUAAGCCGCUAACACCGACAGUACGGUUGAAUUCGAAAACUAAAUCAGCAGACGAUGUUACUAACAUCCAAUACGACGAAUUUAACUGCACAGGCACAAGGGAACUCGCUCUGUGUCACUGUUGAUUCUCCUGCAGAGAAAAUUUCCAGUGUUUGCGCGUACAGCCUCAUUUUGAUGCUGAGUUUCUUCGGGAACGUCUUCAUAAUCAUCAUCAUCUUAAAACACCGAGAGUUACGCAAGACAGUCAACUAUUUCAUCGUGAACAUGGCCGUGUCGGAUUUGAUAUUCGCGCUAGUGGUAUUCCCUUUUCAAAUAACUGGAUUGGUAGCUGCCUCAUCGUACUGGCCCGUCAGGGGAAUCUUGGGAUCCAUUUUUUGCAAGUUAUUCCAUUUUGCUAACCCUGUGUCCAUCCAAGUUUCCGCUCAAAGCUUGGUGUGGAUCGCGAUCGAUAGGUUUGUUGCUGUUGUUUUCCCAAUAAGAAUUGGCUUCAUCUCAACCAAGAUUCGCACCAUGGCUAUCGCAUCCUCUUGGAUUUUUGCAGGCCUGCUCAAUUCUCCAAAGCUGAUAAUUUGGGGACUUGUUCAACAUGGCGACUAUGCGUUUUGCAGCGCCGUAAGAUCAGUUUUCACUAACCACGAGGCUAACUCAGUUUAUGAGUGGCUUCAAGUGACUUUCUUUCUGUUAUCUCCGUUAUUUUUGACAAGCGUUUUGUACACUACAACAGCAAUUGCUUUAAAAAGACAAAAUAAAGCUCUAGCGGAUAGCGCGCCUAAUGUACAACGACUUUCCUUGAAGAAACGAAGACAAGCCAUUCAAAUGCUGGCUGUUAUCGUAGCGUUGUUUUACAUUUGUAUUAUUCCACAAUCUUCGCUGUAUUUCGCUCCCUAUAUACAUUGGAGACCUUCUUGUGCUUUUAUUAGACUGUUUUAUUUUUGGGCGUUUUUCGCUUAUUGCUCGUCUACCGCUGUCAAUCCAAUAAUUUGCCUGUCAUUUGUUGAAAGUUAUCGUCGUGGACUGAAAAACAUUUUGUGUUCCUGCUGUGCAAAGUGGAAUAGUAUGAUGGCGAAAAGUGGGCAAGUAACUUUAAAAGGAAGGGAAAAUGUUCGCGGAGGAAACUGUCCACAAACUUUCAAUGACGACAUAGAAAACUACGAAGAAAGUUUGGAUACUGCUUUGUAGAGAUAUUGGUGUCCCUAAUACAGAGGAAAUUCAACCUAAACUCGCUGGACCUUCAUUACUCUAUCUAUAUGAGUCGAAUCUUAUGAGAUGAAAGUGGAACGUGGGGAAUUAUGGGAAGGUCUGUCUGUCUUUACCUAGUGAUGACCCAUAAUCCUUCACGCCUUCCCGUCUCAUAAAUUUGCCAUAUUUUAUAAUAUUAACCAAAGGCUGAGAAUGGGAAAGUGGUCAUUAAAUUCGUUUUUAAGGUUGUUUUCAUUCUUUCACGCGCCUUACGCAGUUUACAUUCGCCUUUCGGUAGCUUAUUUCUGAAGAUAUCUACUUAUUUAUGCCAACGCAAAAGAAGGAUAUCUUCUAUUAUUUUUAUGGCUCGCAACG